CGAGGGCGUCUCUCUGGGAAGCGAAGGACCCCCGCGGGAUUUCGUACAGCUGAGAAUGAGAACCUCCCGUCGCUUUGGCGCAGCGCUUUGCAGUUUCCAGAGCGCUUUCCCAGUUGCUCCGUUUCAUCCGCGCGGGGCGCCCGGUGAGGGAGCGGACGGCACGCAGUGCCCCCUGCGCUUGGAGGCCACCGAGGGGAUAACGCCUCUUUCUGUGUGGCCGGAGUCAUAGCACAGUCAGAGUCCCUUGACUCUCAGUUGGCUGCCUGGGAGAAAAAUACCUGUCAGUACAUUCAUUUGAUGGCCUCAGCUCAGUACCCUUGUAGGACCGUGUUUCUCCUCUUUUUCCGUUUUUCGUUACCUGACUCUUAAAAAGCCUUUUUACACGUCCCCAUCUCCUUUCCCCAUGAAAUUCCAGUACCUCAGAUACACUGUCGACCUGCUUAUGUGCUGUAUGUGUAUCUGUGCUUGAUGCAUAAAAAGUAACAUUGCGCCCCUUGGAGGCAGCAUCGCCCCGGUGGAGAAGCCUGUCCUAGGGCCAUGGUUCCCAGUUACCGGGUGGGUUAAGCGGAGCCACUGAGCAAUCUGGAUGCACCCACAGAUAUUGUCCGUGGUUAAAAAAAAAAGUCCUCACACAUAAUGGGUACAACUCUUUCUAAUUAAUGUUUGCAAGGGCUGCUGUGAAUACGGCCAUUUAAGCAGCUUCUGGAUUAAUAGUAGCUUAUUAUCGUUUGUCUUCUCCACCAAUUCUUGCUAAAAAUAUAGCCAUUUUCCUAUAGGGUGUUGCCAUUUUUAUGUUAAAAUAUUUGAAAAGAUGGGAAACCCUUGUUUCUAGGACACAGAGUUUCAGAAUGGCUUUUGGCUCUGCAGAUAGGCUUGAUUUCUGAUUCUUGUACCUCUUCUAAAGGGUUUUUAUUUGAUUAGGUCCAGUUGGUCUUUUCUUCCUACCGUAGCUUUUUUAGUAUGGAUAUAAUGGAAAUGGUAGAGUUGAAGGACUUCAAAACCACCUCUUGGAAUUGCCCCACAGUCUUGGAUUAUACCUUCCCUGGAUUAUACGGGAAUAUCUAUACAGGGAGUAUCUACUUCUGGCAAACUGAGAAAAAAAAUGUAAAAUUUCUUCAGAUCCUCCUUCGCCUUUCAGCAUUUCCUACUCAACUCUAAUCUCUAAUGGUGGAAUUUCAGAGGAAGAAACACUUGGAGAUGAUACUUGUAGAAGCUACCUGGGUUGCCAAAGGAUUUUUCUACAUUUCUAGACGGAAGAAAUGUGGAGUAGAAAAGAGAAAGUGGAGAUGGGUUAAGAAAAAUUAAUGGAGGAUGCAUGGGAGGGGAGCUAUAGAUUUCUGACAGUCGGUGACAUCAUUUUAACUAGGUACACUUUCUUUAGAAAAAGCUUUGGCAUAGCUUGCCCAAAUUGUUAUCCACUCCAUUUUCCACCUUAGUAGAACGCUACUUAAGAUUUGAUUGAAACUAUUGAGAAGCAUCCAGUUAUAACGCUAAUUAACUCUCAGAGUACGACAAGUAUUUUGAAACUUGCUGAGAGAAAUUUGAAGACCACUUCAAAUUUCUACCACGAAUCUUUGUAUCCUAAUAAAAUUUUUUUGAAUUCGGGUUCAUGCUACUUCACGGGAACAUUUUUUUCUACAAUGGCUCUUUAUAAUAUAAUAGCCAUUGUAGAAAAUAUUUAUAUUUAUAAAUAUAUAUUUAUAAUAUAAUUGCCAUUGUAUUGAAAAUUACAUGCUAAUAACGUUUACCUAUGUCUUUUAAGUGUUCUGGGUUUUUUCCUUUUCUGAGUAAUCCGAGUUAAUGGAAAUUGUAGGUGCAACCAUUUCAUGGUGUAGCGUGAAGUCAAAAAUCCCAAAACAUGUAUAAUUUGUCAACUUUAUGCUGCCCCCUGGUGAUGUCUUACUUCACAGCACCUCCCCAAACUAAAAUCUCCCUUUGAUAAAUUUUUUAGGGUAUUGAAAACUUAAAUCAAGUGUGGACGAGAUGCCAUUCUGCAUUCUUCAAACUGGGCCUUCUCUUGUUUUCAAAUACCCUGAGGCCUAACACCGGAGGAGGAUUAGCCCUUGAGGCUGAUCAGUCUAGAGGAACUGUGAAGAUCUGCCACAGAUCUCGCUUUCACUUGGAGCAUUAUUCUUGAACUUAACUGGCUUACAAGACUCACUUGGGAACACUUGCUUAAAAUCAGAUUCUGUGAGUCAUAAAUUCAGCUGAUUAGAAAAAAAAAUCGGAUUCUGGAGCCUCCUUUCAAACACCUUGAAAUCUAAUAUCAGGGGGUUGACUUGUGAUUUUUUUUAACCGCCCCAGGUGAUUCUUAUUGACAGGAAAGGGUGGGGGAAUCCUAGAGCUAUAAAUAGUACAGGUGCUGCUUCAGUGCCCUGCAGGUGAGUAAUGAGAGGGAAUUUUGUGAGUAAAGGAGCUUAGUAGCAACAGGAAAGUAUAAGAGCUGUAAAGCAGAAGUGGAACUGUGGGUUUAAGCUUGGUAUAUCACUUUCUUGCCGGACAUACCUGUUUGUUUCUAACGUGGCUGUAGUUGGCAUUCUAUCCCAUACCAAGAUACCUUUUGAGAUGAAGAAACUGAGACACAGAGGGAUUAAGUAGCCUGCUCAAGAUCACACAGCUAGUAAGGAACCGAGAUUCAAACUUGGGCAGUGUGAUUCAGAGACUUUAAAUUCAACGCUGGUGCCUCACUGCCUCACUGGCCACAAAUUCUAUUAAAGCAGAAGAAAUAGUGGUGAACCAUAAAAGAGAACCAGUUUCCUCUCUGUUCUGCAAUUUAGAGGAAAAAUUUUCAUCCAAGGACAGAUCAGGUACUGUUUUUCAACCCUACUCUCUUGACCAAGAAUGAAACUAUUUACAAAUUAAGAUGCCAACAGAUCACGAAGAGCCCUGUGGUCCCAGUCACAAGUCAUUUUGCCUGAAUGGGGGGCUUUGUUAUGUGAUACCUACUAUUCCCAGCCCAUUUUGUAGGUGCAUUGAAAACUAUACAGGAGCUCGUUGUGAAGAGGUUUUUCUUCCAAGCUCCAGCAUCCAAACUAAAAGUAACCUGUUUGAAGCUUUCGUGGCAUUGGCAGUGCUAGUAACACUUAUCAUUGGAGCCUUCUACUUCCUUUGCAGGAAAGGCCACUUUCAGAGAGCCAGUUCAGUCCAGUAUGAUAUCAACCUGGUAGAGACGAGCAGUACCAGUGCCCACCACAAACCGCACCAAGUAAAUGUUAAAGGAAGUCCUUCAGGCAAAAGGACAAUAUCAGAUGGAAAUAUGGAUUUACAUAAAGGGAGGAAGAGCACCGGAAAUGACAACUAUGUGGGUAAAUAUGAAAUGGAUGACCUGGAGCUGGGGGAUAAGGAGGAUGAUCCAGAUUCCAAUCCUGCUGACCCAGAGAGUGACUCCGCUGACCAGAGGACUGUCCCCAGCUGUAGAGAGGCUCAACUGCCACAGCAUCCUGGCUAUGCUCAGAGAGUUUUGAUUUUCCUUUCCUUUUCUCCAAGAAGAAAUUAUUUUCAGGAGAAUAUUCUGAUAGAUUUCAUCAUUGGACUUAAUAAACUUAAAAUUUCAAAAAAGUCCAUUGUAUUCCUAUAUAUCAGUGAUAAUUAGAUAUGGAAAUUUAAAAAAAUUAUUAAUGAUAGAAUCUCAAUGUAUUAAGUACAUAAGCAUAUAUCAGACAAAAAUAUGAAAGACCUAUCCAGUGAAAACUAAAAAAAAAAAUUGCUGAGAGAAAUGAAGACCUAAAUAAAUGGAGAGUUAUAUUUUGUUCAUAGAUUUGGAAGAUUCAAUAUUGUAAGAUGUCAGUUCUCAAAUUGACCUGUAUAGAUGCAGUGGUAUCCCAGACAAAAUCCCAACAGGUGUUUUUGUAAAAAUUGACAAGGUGGUUUUAAAAUUCCCAUGGAAAUGCAAAGGACCUAGAAUAGAGAAAAUAAUUUGAAAAAGAAGAACAAAGUUAGAAGCUUCAUACUGUCUGAUUUCCUGACUUACUAUAAAGCUACAAUAAUCAAGACAGUGUGGUAUUGGCAUCCAGAUAGACCACAAUUGAUUUUUGACAAAGCCGCCAAGGCAAUUCAGUACGGAAAGGAUAGUCAUUCCAACAGAUAAUACUGGAGCAGUUUGGAUAUUCACAUGCAAAAACAUGAAUUCAGACCCUUUACCAUGCACAAAAAAAACUCAAAAUGGGUCUAAAUAUAAGAGCUAAAACUAUAAAAACCUUAGAAGAAAACAUAAGAGAAAGUCUUUGUGACAUUGAAUUAGGCAAAGAUUUUUAGAUACAAUACAAAAAGCACAAUUGAUAAAAGAAAAAAUUUCAUAAAUUGGGCUUCAUGUAAAUUUAAAACUUUUGUGCUUCAAAGGACACCAUUCUAAAAAUGAAAAGGCAAGACACAAACUGGGACAAAAUAUUUGUAAACGGAUAUAAAGGAUGGAUAAAGGACAUGUCUAAAAUAUAUAAGGACCUGGCCGGGCGCGGUGGCUCACGCUUGUAAUCCCAGCACUUUGGGAGGCCGAGGCGGGUGGAUCAUGAGGUCAGGAGAUUGAGACCACGGUGAAACCCCGUCUCUACUAAAAAUACAAAAAAAUUAGCUGGGCGUGGUGGUGGGCGCCUGUAGUCCCAGCUACUCGGAGAGGCUGAGGCAGGAGAAUGGCAUGAACCCAGGAGGCGGAGCUUGCAGUGAGCCGAGAUUGCACCACUGCACUCCAGCCUGGGCGACAGAGCGAGACUCCGUCUCAAAAAAAAAAAAAAGAAAAAGAAUAUAUAAGGAACUUUUUCAACUCGAUAAUAAAAAGACAGCCCAAUUAAAGUUUGGGCAAGAUUUUUUUUUUUUUUUCUGUCACCCAGGCUGGAGUACAGUGGCAUGACCUCAGCAUACUGCAACCUCUGCUUCCUAGGUUCACUGGAUUCUUGUGUCUCAGCCUCCCAAGUAGCUGGGACUACACAUAUGUGCCACUACACCUGGCUAGUGUUUUGUAUUUUUUGGUAGAGACAGGGUUUGGUGUUGGCCAGGCUGGUCUCGAACUCCUGGCCUCAAGUGAUCCACCUGCCUCGGCCUCCCAAAGUGUUGGGAAUGGACACAUGAUCUUUUUUAGGGUAAUGGAUUUAUUCUACAAUGGGAUUGUGGUGGUGAUUGCACAAUUCUGUAAAUUUUAAAAUUCAUUGAAUUGUAUACUUUUUUUGUUUGAGACAGGGUCUCGCUCUGUUGCCCAAGGCUCUAGCAGUGCAGUGAUGUGAUCAUAGCUCACUGCAACCUUGAGCUCCUGCACUCAAGCAGUCCUCUUGCCUCAGCCUUCCAAGUAUUCGAGACUACAGGUGUGCACCACUAUGCCUGGCUAAUUUUUACUUUUUUUUUGUAGAGACAGGGUCUUGCUAUGUUGCCUAGGCUAGUCUCAAACUCCUGGUUUCAAGCAGUCUUCCUGCCUGGGCUCCCAAAGUGCUGGGAUUACAGGCAUGAGCCACUGUGCUCGGCUGAAUUACAUACUUUAAAAAGGUAAAUUUUGUAAGUUGUAGAUUAUACCUCAGUAAGUUGUUUUUAAAAGCCCGCUUUUCAAUAAGUGGUGCUGAGAAAACUGGAUAUCCACAUGCUAAGGAAUGAAGUUGGACCCUUACCUAUCACCAUGUACAAAAAUUAACUAGGGCCAGGCACAGUGACUCAUGCCUGUAAUCCCAGCACUUUGGGAAGCCCAGGUGGGCAGAUCACGAGGUCAGGAGUUCGAGACCAGCCUGGCCAGCAUGGUGAAAUCCCAUUUCUACUAAAAAUACAAAAAAUUAUCUGGGCAUGGUGGCACGUGCCUGUAGUCCCAGCUACUCAGGAGGCUGAGGCAGGAGAAUUGCUCGAACCCGGCAGGUGGAGGAUGAAGUGAGCCAAGAUCACGAGAUUCCAUCUCAAAAAAUAAAUAAAUAAAAUGGAUCAAAGACCUAAACGUAAGAGCUAAAAUUACUAAGAGAAGAAAACAUAGGGGGAAUGCUUCAUGAAAUUGGAUUUGGCAAUGAUUGCUUUUAUAUAACACCAAAAGUACAGGCAGCCAAAGAAAAGUUAGACAAAUUGGACAUCAAAAUGUAAAAUUUUGGUACAUCAAAAGACACUAUCAGCAGAGUGAAAAGGCAAUCCAUAGAACUGGAGAAAAGGUUCGCAAAUCAUGUAUCUGGUAAGGAUUUGAUAUCCAGAAUAUAUAAAGAACUUCUAAAACUCAACUACAAGUAAAAGAACCUAAUUCAAAAAUGGGCAAAGAAUUUGAAUAGACAUUUCUCUGAAGAAGAUACACAGAUGGCCAAUAAGCACAUGAAAAAAGAUACUCAACGUCACAAAUUAUCGGGGAAAUGCAGAUCAAAACCACAAUGAGGUACCACUUCCAUCCUUUAGGAUGGUAACUACUAUUAAUACAAACAAAAAACCAGAAACCAUGUGUUGGUGAGAACACGUAGAAAUUGGAAUGCUUGUGCAUUGUUGGUGGGAAUGUCAAAUGGUGUGACCACUUUAAGAAAACAAUAUGGCUAGUCCUCAAAAAAAAAAUUAAACAUAGAAUUUCCAUAUUAUCUAGCAAUUCCACUCCUGGGUAUACAUCUAAAAGAAAUGAAAGAAUGGACUCAAACAGAUAUUUGUAUACCUACACUCAUAGUGUUAAUGGCUGUUGUGAGACCUUGGUUCUUGUCUUUUCAGUUUAAAAGAGUUUAAACAAGAGACACAGAACAGAGAUGCAGCAUAUAGCAAAGUUAUUGCAAAGGAGAAAGAAUAUUUUGAAAGUUAGGUGCAGAAUAGACAGGACACCCUGAGAGAGGAUUCAGGGCAGGCUGCUCAUAGGGAUGAGGCAGCGAAGACUGGCACUAGGGAGAGUCCCUUUCUGGGAGUCUUAGAUUAUUACUCAUGAGGAGGUGGGAAGAGCUGUUACUAGUAAGCAUGUUUUGGCUGGUCCUCUGGGUGCACAUGCCAGUAGCUGUACGUGUUUGUUCACACAUCACAUAUCUCAUUAGCAUCUGCAAUCUCUCCUCAGGGAAGUGUUUUUUACAAUUAUAAUGAGCAGUGGGUCAGUCUGAGGACAAGUAAAAUCAAAAUGUACAUGCU